AUGAUCACUCAAUGCUCCCAGAACAUAUCUUAUCUGUCUUCUAUUGAUUUUCUCGAAAAUGGAUGUCAUAUUGGAUCGAUUCUAAUGCUCACCUUAUCUAGUUAUUCUCUAUAUCUUAUCGUGAAAAAGUCUCCAGUAAAUAUGAAAGGAAGUGUUCCCUAUAUGAUAAACUUGCAUAUUUUCACAAUGGUCUGUGAUUUCACUUGGUCGGUUUUAGUACUGCCAAUGUUUUUUAUGCCGUCUAUUGCCGCACAUGCGUCUGGAGUUAUUGUUUGGUUUACGCAAAAUCCGGUGGUUGUCGUAUGGUUGGCAUUCGCGUCGUUGGGAGGAAUGGCCGCCGCUAUAAUCUCUCUUUUCGAACACCGACAUCGAGUUAUUGUCACAGAAAGUCGUUUUGUUUUGAAGAAUCAAACAUUUCGAAGGGGUCUCUUAUCAUUUAUGUACUUCGGACAUGUGAACUUUGGCAUCCCUGAAAUCAUCACAGCUCCUGAAAAUCAAGAAGAAGCGAAACGACUUCUCUUCCAGAAGAAUCCAUGUCUCCCUCCAAUUUUUAUGGAUCCCCUAACUCAUGUUAUUCAGUUAGAUGCAUCACUUUUCAAUCCACAUAUGUACCUGACCUGCUUAUAUUUAGCUGUAGUUUUCUCAUUCUUUUGUUCUCAUAUUAUGUGGAGUCUUUUGCCAAGAAACAAUCCAUCGAUGUCAGCGAGCACAAGAAAAAUGAUGAGAAAAUUCUUUAUCUGUAUAUGUAUUCAGGUGGCGAUUCCAACAUUUGUCAUUUAUCUUCCCAACCUUUAUUGGAACAUUUCGAUCACCUUUGAUUUCUAUUUUCAAGAAUUCAACAAUAUCAGUAUCGUUCUGUUCACUCUUCAUGGAACUUCUUCAUCAAUAGCCACUAUUUUUAUAUACGCUCCAUAUAGGAAUUUUACGAAAGAUUUGAUAUUGAGUGGUAGGCAAUCAAGUUUCGAUCUUUGUUUUGUGAGAUUCCAACAGCUGAUUAUAGGUGUUUUUCGUCUGAAAAAAGUGGUUCGUGAGCCAAUAGUCGUCAGCGUGUCAGAUCAAAACAUCGCUGUCACUUGUCAUACUCUCCUGUUUUUUAAGAUAUUUUUUUUUACAUUUAACCUGAUGAACUCUCAAACUACAAAUUGCCCUUCGUCAUAUUUAGCUUCUGUAGAAUUCUUGGAGUCUGGUUGUCAUAUCGGAAGCGUAUUCAUGAUAACUCUUUCUUCUUACAGUCUAUUUUUAAUAGUCAAAAAGUCUCCGAUAGCCAUGAAAUCUUCAGUUCCCUACAUGAUCAAUUUGCAUGUUCUGACUAUGAUCUGCGAUUUAACAUGGGCGGUUGUAUUGCUUCCGAUGUUUUUUAUGCCAGUUAUAGGUGCACAUGCAUCUGGAAUAUUAGUUUGGUUCACUGUGAAUCCAACUAUUUUAAUCUGGUUAGCAUUUGCGUCUUUGGGAGGAAUUUGUGCGGGAAUAGUAUCUCUUUUCGAAAAUCGACAUCAAAUAAUUGUGACAAAUAGCUGGUUUGUGAUGAAACGGAAAUGGACGCGAAGAAUAUUUUGGACAAUAUUUUAUACAGUAACGAUCAAUUUCGGUCUUCCUGAAGUGCUAACAAUACCUGCAGACCAAGAAAGUUUAAAAGUAGAAGUCUUCGAAAAGUAUCCAUGUAUCCCACUUUUGUUCUUGGACAAUACGAACGCACUAAUACAAAAAGAUGCAAGCCUAUUCAAUCCUCAUAUGUAUUUAACUUGCUUGGUUCUAGGAAGUCAAGUGUUGUUCUAUUGUUCCCACAUAACCUGGAGCCUUUUGCCUCGUAACAACCCAUCGAUGUCUUCUGGAACUCGAAAAAUGCUCACGAGUUUCUUUAUUUCAAUGUGUAUACAAGUGGCAAUACCAGUUGUCGUUAUUCAUAUUCCCAAUAUUUAUUGGAAUGUUUCAAUCACAUUUGAUUUAUAUUCACAAGGUUUCUCUUCCAACUUUCGGUUUGAAGAGCUCAAUAACAUCAGCAUCGUUUUAUUCACUCUUCAUGGAACUUCAUCUAGUAUCGCAACCAUGUUCUUAUAUGAACCUUAUAGAAAAUACACGAAAAGCUUAAUACUCUAUAGCCUUCUACGUUUCCCUGAACCAAGUGCAAUUCCCACGGUUGUCAGUAUUUCUGGAUCAAAUCUCAGAAGAACAAUAAUAUGA